CAUGCAGCGGAAGUAAACAAUAAACGCUGUUACCGUUAGCUCAGCGCUAUCGAUGUAUUGAUUCAACUAUUGUUGUAUUCUUUUCAUGUGGUGAAACAAUGACUUCUAUUAUGGCAACAAUGUCUUCAGUUGACUUUUUGAGAGAGUUUGUUAACGAGCGGCUCUCUGCUGCUGCUGAAGAAAUAUUUGGAGUUUUUCAGAAAACUAUCGUAAAUUACGAGGAGGAGAUCAGACGGCAGCGCAGACUGCUGGAUGUCGUUUUGAAACCGGAAAUAAAUAUAUACAGAAUAGAGCUCCCACAGCAUCCUGUCUGUGAGGAGCAGGUUCUCUCUGAGCAGCAGCUCUGUAUUCAGGAGAGGAACUCCAGUCUGGACCAAGAGGACCCAGAGCCUCCACAGAUUAAAGAGGAGCAGGAGGAGCUGUGCACCAGUCAGGAAGGAGAGCAGCUUGGACUGGAGCCGGAGACUGAUGCCUUCAUGUUGACUGCUACCAAGGAGGAGAGUGAGCACCAGCUCCUCUCUCACAACUCUCAUGUAGCUGAGAGCCAAGAUCAGAAAGGAGGCGAGCAAGCCUCAGAGCCAAAACCACAUCACAAAGGCAAAAGUCAAAGUAAAGAUGUAAACAUGAACUUGUCAGAGAUGCACAGUGAUACUCAACAGUCUUUAAAAUGUGAUACAUGUGGAAUGUAUUUCCAGGAAAAAUCAUCACUGGACAAACAUCUGAAAAUCCACACAAUAAAAAAAACACUUUCUUGCAACACUUGUGAGAAAAUAUUUGCUAAUAAAUCAGAAUUAAUCAUUCAUACAAGAAUCCACACAGGUGAGAGGCCAUAUUUGUGCCAAAUGUGUGGGAAAGCUUUCAAAAAAAAUAGUCACUUGAAAGAGCACGUGAGAAUUCACACAGGGGAGAAGCCAUUUUCGUGUCAGACGUGUGGGCAAUGUUUCCGUCGAUCAUCAGCUUUGAAAAAUCAUCUGAAAUUCCACAUGAGGGGAAGCCAUGUUCUUGCAAAACAUGUGGGAAACGUGUCCGGUAAAAAUACCAUAUUCAGUAGUAACUUGGGAAGCUACACAGAAACACACACAGGGGAAAAGUUGAAUCCCUGCUGCACAGAGCCUCCACAGAUUGAAGAGGAGCAGGAGGAGCUGUGCACCAGUCCGGAGGGAGAGCAGCUUGGACUGGAGCAGGACACUGAUGCCUUCAUGUUGACUGCUACUGAGGAGGAGAGUGAGCACCCGCUCCUCUCUCACAACUCUCAUGUAGCUGAGAGCCAAGAUCAGGAAGGAGGCGAGCAAGACUCAGGGUCAACUGGACAUGCAGAGCCAAGACCACAGAAUGAAUAUCACAAAAGUCAAUAUAAUAAUGUAAACAACACACAUUUGUCAGAGUUGCACUGUUAUACUGACUCGGGUUAACAGCCUUUAAAAUAUAACAAAUGUAGAAAAGAUUGUACCUCUAAUUCAUUACUUGAGACACCUGAAAAUCCGCACAGGAGACAGGCCACUUACAUUCAAAACUUGGUAAAUCUUUUCAACAUAAUGGUCACUUGCAGGGUUAGGAGUACUACUUUAAAAAGGUCUUCCAUUGCAAUUACAAAUGGCCUUUUAAACCAUUCAAGUAACCUAAUGCAAGUCUCACAAAAUACAACUAAUGGGACCUGAUAACUGUCCAUUACUUUUGUUUUGUACUUUCUCUAUGAAAUGCAAUGCCAAUAAAUACAAGAACAAAAUAAUAUCAAUAAGAUGGAGUAAACUUAAAGGUGGGGUACGUCAUUUUGGAGAAACCAGCUCGAGUGCGCUAGAUUUUGAAAAUACACAACCGGAAAAAAUCUGCC